UGUCUCUGGAAGUGUCACGUUAACUUGUCGGCACUGUGGAGAAGACAACAACCUUCUCUUUUGUUUGUUCACAUACAUCGUUUUAUAAACAGUCUUAUUCUUCUCUGUUUAACAAUAUGCCUCCUGUCUUGAAUAUAUGUUUCUCCCUAAAUUCAAUUUGAGCUAAUGCUUUUGAGAAACCUUUGACACCAAGUAAAUUUUUUUUUUUCUUUCUUAAACUAUUUUGCUUCAUAUCUUGGAGACAAGACUUCAAUCCAGUUUUCUAGGGAGAUCUUGAUAAGUUUUUAGGAAGGAUUUGCGGCUUUUUAUUUUUUCCCUAGAAUCACACUAUUAGUAUCUGAUAUGUAGUAUGAUUAGUCGAAUCUGAAGUUUUCAGGACAAUGGUACUGAGAGAUUUGCACCUCAAUAUGUACCCCCUAGUGAUUUGAUAUGCUCAUUGUUUGAAUAGUUAGUUUAUAUCUCCAUUGAGAUUUUGGUUGAGUGAAUUUUCAGAGUUGUAUAUCAGAAGGUGGUGGUUGUGCAACAAUGGGAAAGAAGAAGGGAUUAUUCACUAUAUUGAAAAGGAUUUUUAUUUCAGAAUCUCAUUCAGAUAAGAAAGAGAAGAGAAGAAGAUGGAUAUUUUGGAAGGUUAAGGUUAAUAAAAGAUUACCUUCCAUUACAGCACCUCCAGAGAACGGGACAAGACACGAGGAACACAAGGAGGAAAGUGUGGCAGAUGUGGAUGAAGCCAGUUAUGUAUCAUGUAGUCCACAGUUAGAUUCCAUAGAAAAGUUAGAAACUGCUGAUCUGGUAGCCCAGUAUCAAAUGUUUCUAAAUAAAGAGGAAGAAGUUCUCGCUGCUACUAGGAUUCAGACAGCUUUCCGAGGUUAUCUUGCAAGGAAAGCUCUACGUGCGUUGAAAGGAAUAGUGAAACUCCAAGCAUAUAUAAGAGGUCGUGCAGUGAGACGCCAAGCAAUGACUACACUAAAAUGCUUGCAAUCUGUUGUCAACAUUCAAUCACAGGUCUGCGCUAGUAGAACACAACUUCCCAGAGGCUCUCACAGAGAUUACGAAGAGAGCAAUACAUCUCACAUGUUCAGCGAGAACACACUCAAGAAAACAUUAUGUUUUCAGGUGGACGCAAAUGGUCAGAAGAGAUGGGACGAUAGUCUUUUAACAAAGGAAGAGGCCAAAGCUGUGGUCAUGAGCAAGAGAGAAGCUUCUCUAAGAAGAGAAAGGACCAAAGAAUAUGCAGUCACCCACCGGAAAUCUGCGGAGUCAUACCAGAAACGGAGUAACACGAAGUGGAAGUACUGGUUAGAUGAAUGGGUAGACACACAAAGAACUAAGAGCAAGGAGCUAGAAGAUCUCGACUUGUCUUUAAAACCAAAACCCAAAGACGAAACAAUGAAUAAAACUCCAAGGAACUCAUCACCAAGAAGAUUGGCGAGUUUUAAUAAUAAUCAUAGAAGACAAGUUUCGAUAAGUGAAGAGGAAGAACAGAACCCUGGUGGUGCGGUCACUGUCGUUACACCAACUUACAUGGUUGCAACAGAGUCAGCAAAGGCAAAGUCAAGAUCUCUCAUGAACUCCCCGAGGAUAAGAUCGAGAAGUUUUGACACGCAGUUAGAGAGUUACUCGCCGUAUAAGAACAAGAUGUUCCUGACGAGUUCGGUAAUGAGUGAAGCACCAAGACCAAGCAGAGUGAGGGCAAGUGCAUACCAGCAACGGUCUCCAGGGCUAAGGGGAUUUUAAUAAAGACAGGACCUUUGGAAUCAUGCAAUAGUAGUAGCUGAAACAAGCAGAGCAGCUUGAGAUGAGUGCGUGGGAUUGUGAACAAUGUAUAUACUUACAUACGUUUCCAAAUGUGACUUGUUGGGAAUGUCACACUCACAUGUCUAUCAUCAAACCUUCUAUAAUUCGUUUUUCUUUUGUUUCACUCAACUUCAUUUGUUUAAACUGCACAAAGACAAUGUUAGGCAUGAAAUA